ACAGAGCUGGGGGUCAGGCGAGCUGUGCCCAGCAAGUAGGCAGUGGCUGGAUGUGACAAAGACCCAGAGGAGAAACACAGCAGGAGGGGAGAGGGUCUGGAAGCUGGGGAAAGCAGGAUGGUCGGGAAGGCCUGGCCCCUCACCCAUUCCCAGGGAACAGGGCCUUGGGCCCCAGAAGGGCACAGGCGGGAGGCAGCCGACCCCUGGUGGCAGCGGCAGCAGGCACAGGAGGGCAGAAUGCAGCUGGGGUGUGCGUGGGUGGCAGCAAGGAGGGGCGGAGGGAGGAAGCUGGCUUCCUGGAGCCUUCUCAGCCCUCAAAGACAGACCGACAGACAGACAGACAGCUGGCAAGAGGCAGCCUGGGGGCCACAGCUGCUUCAGCAGACCUCAUGGCUGAAUGAGCCUCCCCUGGGCCUAGCACCCCACCCCAGCAUGGUCCAGGCCUGUGGGGGGCGCUCCAGAGCACAGCCGCUGACCUUGUCUUUGGGGGCAGCCAUGACCCAGCCUCCGCCUGCCAAAACGCCAGCCAAGAAGCAUGUACGGCUGCAGGAGAGGCGGGGCUCCAAUGUGGCUCUGAUGCUGGACGUUCGGUCGCUGGGGGCCGUAGAACCCAUCUGCUCCGUGAACACACCCCGGGAGGUCACCCUACAUUUCCUGCGCACUGCUGGACACCCUCUUACCCGCUGGGCCCUUCAGCACCAGCCACCCAGCCCCAAGCAGCUGGAAGAAGAAUUCUUGAAGAUCCCUUCAAACUUUGUCAGCCCCGAAGACCUGGACAUCCCUGGCCACGCCUCCAAGGACCGAUACAAGACCAUCUUGCCAAAUCCCCAGAGCCGUGUCUGUCUAGGCCGGGCACAGAGCCAGGAGGACGGAGAUUACAUCAAUGCCAACUACAUCCGAGGCUAUGACGGGAAGGAGAAGGUCUACAUUGCCACCCAGGGCCCCAUGCCCAACACUGUGUCGGACUUCUGGGAGAUGGUGUGGCAAGAGGAAGUGUCCCUCAUUGUCAUGCUCACUCAGCUCCGAGAGGGCAAGGAGAAAUGUGUCCACUACUGGCCCACAGAAGAGGAAACCUAUGGACCCUUCCAGAUUCGCAUCCAGGACAUGAAAGAGUGCCCAGAAUACACUGUGCGGCAGCUCACCAUCCAGUACCGGGAAGAGUGCCGGUCAGUAAAGCACAUCCUCUUCUCAGCCUGGCCCGACCACCAGACACCAGAAUCAGCUGGGCCCCUGCUGCGCCUAGUGGCAGAGGUGGAGGAGAGCCCGGAGACAGCUGCCCGCCCCGGGCCCAUCGUAGUCCACUGCAGUGCAGGGAUUGGCCGGACAGGCUGCUUCAUCGCCACGCGAAUUGGCUGUCAACAGCUGAAGGCCCGAGGGGAAGUGGACAUUCUGGGCAUUGUGUGCCAACUGCGGCUAGACAGAGGGGGGAUGAUCCAGACGGCAGAGCAGUACCAGUUCCUGCACCACACUUUGGCCCUGUAUGCAGGCCAGCUUCCAGAGGAACCCAGCCCCUGACCCCUGCCACCCUCCAACAGCCCAGGCACCCACCUCCCUCAAGCCUGGGAAGGUGGGUCUGGGGAAAGUGGGCCGAGUGAUCUGGGGGUACCCCUUGGGUGGGUGUGCUUCUUAGUGGUGCUUGCAGUCACAGGAAGCAGCAUCAGUAAGGACAAGGGGCUGGACUCCAGGUCUUCACCACUGGCCACUCCUCUGCUUCCUCUGUUGGCCCCAGAUGGACGUAAGGGGAACCUCCAAUGUCUCUCUGAACUUAAAGACAGGAGCUGGCAAUUUAUGACAGACAAAGAAAGAAGCCCAGGUGUCCUGGUCUUCUCUAAGACACUCUUUGUGAGCUUCAGUUUCCUCUUCUAUAACAUGAAUAUUAAGUGCUUAGCUGCCAUGAGGGAAAAGCAAUGAGAGAAGUUUCUAGAAGCCACUCCAGUCACUCCUUCCUGGGGCUGAAAAAAGGGUGAUUCCAAGACCAUCCUUCACCCGAGGCCCUGCCCAAGCACAGGCCAGAUGCAAGAAUGGGGAAAAGUCUGGUCCUGAUCUCCAAGUCUCAACAUCUUAGCAGUGACUCUGCUCCCUGACCAGACAUCGGAAGGGCUGGACAACUCCAAUC